AUGGAUCCUCCACAGGGUUCCUCCCCCAUGGCUUUCGCCGCCACCACCGCUCUUUUCUUCCUCGCCGCUCUGCUCCUCCUCCUCUGGAAAUGGCUCCCCCUGGUUAGCGCGAAGAGGAUCUCCAACCUUCCUCCUGGUAGAGGCAGAAUGCUAGGCCAACGUUUCCAUCGGCACUUGGCUUCUUUUCUCUCUUUCUUUCUCAUGAUUUUGUGUUCCAUCUCUUCUUCUUCUUCUUCUCCUUUAUCCUGCUCGCUCUGCCCCUCUGGAACCACAGAUAGCAAUGUCUUCACUCUCCCUCCUACGUCACUGAGUGAUUCACUUUUGUUUUGAUCCCGCAGCCGUUCCGGGGCUGCCAUUGAUCGGGAACCUGCACCAGUUGAAGGAGAAGAAGCCCCAUCAGACGUUCGCCAGAUGGGCGGAGACUUACGGGCCCAUCUACUCCAUCCGGACUGGAGCCUCCUCCGUGGUGGUCCUCAACUCCACGGCGCUCGCAAAAGAGGUAAACUCCCCCCCGGCAACACUUCCGCAGAGCAGACAGAGACAGAGUUGACGACAGUGUCCUCCUUGCCCUUGCUCAGGCUUUGGUGACCAGGUUUUCAUCCAUCUCCACAAGGAAGCUCUCUAAGGCGCUGACCCUGCUUACAUCUAACAAGGCAAUGGUCGCCACAAGCGACUACGGCGACUUCCACAGGAUGGUGAAGCGCUUUAUCCUUUCAAGCGUUUUAGGCUCAAAUGCUCAGGUAAUCAGUCUCCACCACCUUUCCGCCAUAUCCUCAUGCCCAGAAGUGAUCCUCCGCCCUACCUGUCCUUCUUCACAACUUGUGAAAACAGAUGCGGCACCGCGGCCUCAGGGACACGCUGAUAGAGAAUGUCUUAGGAUAUCUCCGUGCCCAGAUCAAGGACGAGCCCCUUCGGGCUGUCAACCUCAGACCAGGGUUCCAGAUGGAGCUCUUCAGCCUGGCUUUGAAAGAAGUGGGUUCCUUCUCCCUGCAGAUUCGCCUCACAUGAUGAAAAGAGAAAUCAUGGUGCUAUUUGCCUGGAUUUUCUGUGGUCGCAGGCUGUGGGGAGGAGCUUGGAGUCCAUUUUUGUGGAAGAACUCGGAUCGGAGAUCUCCAAGAGGGAGAUGUUCAACAUACUGGUGGUUGAUCCGAUGAUGGGCGCGAUCGACGUAGACUGGAGGGACUUCUUCCCUUACUUGAGAUGGGUGCCUAAUAAUGGCCUGGAGAAGAGAAUCACCCAAGUACUGGAGCGCAAGAUGGCGGUCACCAGAGCUCUGAUAAACGAGCAAAGGAGAAGGAUUGCUUCUGGGGAGGUCAUGUUCUUUCUAGCUCCCAUCUCUGCCUCUUCCAGUCUCUGAACCUGACGAAGCUCUGCUAUGAUUGUCCAGCCGAUCGACUGUUACCUAGACUUCUUAUUGUCUGAAGGUGACGCUCUUAGUGAAGAGCAGCUCACUUCUUUGGUCUGGGAGGUGAUAAUCGAGGCCUCGGACACGACUAUGGUGACGACAGAGUGGGCCAUGUAUGAGCUCGCCAAGAACGAGGAGAUUCAGGUCAAACCCACCCUCAUACAAAAAAAUUUAGGAUUUUCGUCUUCAUCUCUCUCUCUCUCUCUCUCUCUCUCUCUCUCUCUCUCUCUCUCUCUCUCUCUCUCUCUCUAUCAGAGAAAUUAAUUGAAUUCGGCUGGUUGGUUCAGGAGAGGCUCUACGAGGAGAUCAAAGAGGUCUGCGGGUCGGAGAAGCUCUCAGAGGAGCAUCUCCCCCAAUUGCCCUAUCUGAGCGCUGUCUUCCAUGAGACUCUCAGAGGGCACUCCCCUGUUCCCAUCAUCCCCCUCAGAUAUGUCCAUGAAGAUACGCAGCUGGGGGGCUACCACAUUCUCUCUGGAACAGAGGCAAGAAUAAUCUUUUCUUUCCAUAUUAGACCCACUCUCUCAGAUUUUCACCCAGAAGCUUGAAAAUUUCCUGCAGAUCGCCAUCAAUCUCUACGCCUGCAACAUGGAUGGGAGGGAAUGGGAGAUGCCCGAAAAGUGGAACCCUAGCAGAUUCUUAGACGAAGGGUCCAAAUCCAUAGAUCUGCGGAGGACAAUGUCAUUCGGAGGUGGGAAGAGGGCCUGCGCUGGAUCUCUACAGGCGAUGCUGAUCACCUGCGCGGCCGUCGGUAGAUUCAUACAGGAGUUCCAGUGGAGACUGAAAGAAGGCCAGGAGGGCGACACAGACACAGUUCAGCUUACCGGUGUGAAGCUCCAACCACUGCAGGCGUACAUAACACCAAGGUGUUUGGUCGCUUGA